CCCGGCCAUAUAGCCCCCAACAUCAUGGCGUCUCCGACCCCCAUGGAACGUCUUUUGGAAAACCUUCACAGCGUCUUACAGGCGCUAAACAAGACCUUGAACGGACAACCCUGCCAGUCCGACGCACAACUCAACAAGACCAGCACCAGGCUCGCCGAGAAGGACGACAACGCCUACAUCUUCAUCUUGUUUGUCAUGUUCCUGUUCGCUGUGACCGUGGGAAGUUUGAUACUCGGGUAUACGCGGUCCAAGAAAGUGGAUAAAAGGAGCGACCCCUAUCACGUUUACAUAAAGAACAACCGGGUAUCUGUCAUCUGAGACACCGCGCCGGGCAGAGACGUUUGUGAACUGUUGGCCAACGAUGGUCUUACUCCUCGCGGACGCUCCUGACCUCCGGGCUGCACCGGUGCUG